AUGGAGACCUAUCAGCCAAAGAAAAGUUCGAGCCAAGAUGCGGAGAAGCAGCCACUUCUCGAAACCUGGGAGACCCCGGCUGAGCGAUCGCAGUGGACCUUGUUACAUGACAAGCGACCCAGCGCUUCAACUAUGUUCCGCCUUGCGAAAUUCACGAUAUUGUCGACGCUACUCCUAACCAUAAUAACGAUACAUCUGCCAAGUGUGCUCACCUCGCCUCUUGAAUUUGCGACUAGCCGGCUUGACCGAGCGAGUAAAUUGGAGGAUGGGAAGCGCGGUGCAGUGGCGAGCGAAAGUGCUAUCUGCAGUCGCCAUGGAACAGAUAUUAUAAACAUGGGGGGAAAUGCAGCUGACGCGAUGGUUGCAACAAUGCUCUGCGUUGGAACUGUUGGCAUGUACCAUAGUGGAAUCGGAGGAGGUGGGUUCAUGCUGGUCAAGACCCCUGAAGGCUCUUUCGAGGCCAUCGAUUUCCGCGAAACUGCCCCGGCGGCCGCUUUCCAGGAUAUGUUUGAGAAUAAUACGAAGGCUUCCGUCAGCGGGGGCCUUGCAAGUGCCGUUCCUGGGGAACUGCGUGGUCUCGGGUAUCUCCACAAGAAGUACGGCUCGCUCCCCUGGUCAACUGUUGUGCAGCCCGCCAUCCAAACCGCACGGGAGGGAUGGUCAGUCGGGCAGGAUCUGGUCCGCUAUAUGAAAGCUGCUGUUGGGGACGACGGAGACUUCCUAUCUCAGGACCCUACCUGGGCGCUCGACUUUGCUCCCAAUGGAACCAGGCUUGGCCUGGGUGAUACCAUUACGCGAAAACGUUAUGCGGCCACACUGGAGACCAUCGCAAACGAGGGCCCCGAUGCCUUCUACACUGGAUCGAUUGCAAAGACCAUGAUAGAUGCGGUACAGAAAGCUAACGGUACAAUGACGCUUGAGGACUUGGCCAAUUAUACGGUCGCGAUCCGCAACAUCUCAGAAAUUGAUUAUCGCGGCUAUCGGAUUACUAGCACCCCAGCCCCUUCCAGUGGUAUCGUAGCUCUGAACGUUCUCAAAGUUCUGGGUACUUACGAUGACCUUUUUAGUCCGGAUACUCUGAACCUGAGCACUCAUCGAUUGGACGAGGCCAUACGGUUUGGAUAUGGAUUGAGGACUAAUCUGGGAGAUCCGUUCUUCCUCGAUGGCAUGGACACGUAUCAGGAAAUGAUGCUAGCGGAUUCCACCAUUGAAGAGAUUCGAAAGAACAUUUCCGACCAGCAUACCCAAGCCGUGUCUGCCUACAAUCCGCAGGGAUAUGAGAGUCUUGAAACACCGGGUACCUCGCAUAUUGCUACCAUUGAUCACAGUGGGCUUGCCAUUUCCGCGAUCACGACCAUCAAUCUGCUUUUUGGCUCCAAAGUCAUGGUUCCUGAGACUGGUAUCAUAAUGAAUAAUGAGAUGGAUGACUUUUCUAUUCCUAAUUCGUCCAACUCCUUUGGCUAUAUUCCGUCCGAGGCAAACUUCAUACGACCCGGGAAACGCCCACUAUCCUCUUGCACUCCGGCCAUUGUUACCCAUCCUAACGGAACAGUGUUCUUCGUCGCCGGCUCGGCAGGAGGUAGUCGGAUUAUCACUGCCACCAUCCAGAAUAUUAUCCAUGUCGUCGACGAAGGUCUUUCAGCGGCAGAAGCCUUGGCCCAGCCGCGCCUUCACGACCAACUGGUCCCGAAUCGUGUCACCUUUGAGUACGAUUAUGACAAUGAGACUGUGUCCUUCAUGGAGGCAAGAGGUCACAAUGUGACCUGGGUAGGUCCAGGGGAGAGCACGGCGCAGGCGAUUCGAGUUCUACCGAAUGGAACCUUCGAUGCUGCAGGGGAGCCUAGACAGGCUGAUUCUGGAGGAUGCAAGGACCUGACAUGGAAGGGGCGGGACACAUCAGAUGGCGGGCGUGAUCUAUCAGAGGUGGCCCGUGCGCUGCCCGGGUUCCGCGUCGGCGCGCGCCAGCAGAAUGAGGAAUGUGUGCUCUGUUCCACUGGCUUCCAGUUCACCCUCACCUUGUGGUCGUCGGUUGUGAAUGACUGGAGAUUCUAUCGUCUUCGCCGAUUGGAUAAAUGGCUUAAAGCCUUAUCAUUAAGAAAUCCCCAGAAAGGCUUUCGUCGUGUUGGAUUCGCUCACUCUUUCGCGGUCGAUGUGGCUGCUCUAGCUUGCGCAUAUGGCUGUUGGAGUUGCGAAGUUUUGGAUAUGGUGGAUUGGUGUUACUCCUUCUUUUGA